GUCUUUACCAAACUGACCUGGGGUGUUUUACAGAAUCAACAUGAAAGAUAGCUAUUGUGGCUACGAGAACCAGCUUUUUAAUGAGGAGGACUUAACUGGAGAAGAAGAGGAAAUUCCUCCCAUGAGAGGAAGGGCAAGAGGAGGAUGUAUGAAAUGCCAGCAGACACAUUCUCUUCAGCUAGCUGUCAAAAUGCUCUAUGGAUUUUUAGCUUUGCUCAUAAUUGCAGUGGCCGUCUUGGCAACCCUUGUCUUCAGGAGAGUUGACAACUUAUCUGAAGAGGAAUCAUUUUAUCACAAACACAUUUCCAAAGUCCAGGAGAGUAUAAAAGAUAUCAGCACUGCAAACAACUAUUCCAACUGCUUAGAUGUUGCACAAUUCCAAGAGGAGAUUGCCAGACUGAAGAAGGAGUUUGAGGAGACCCAGAAGAUGGUACUCGGUCAAAAGCAGCAGUUGGACCAGGCGAUCCAGUCUCAGCAAAGUCUUACGCAAACCAGCAACAGAAUGACGAGAGAGCUCCAGGCCUAUGGAAUCAUCAUUAAGCGUAUAAACCAGUCUGUGGGCCAAUACCUGGAUCAGGUAACAGGCUGGCAGGUUGUCAUUAAUGAAACAGAUCAAGGGAUGAAAACCCUUAUUGAGGAUCAGUAUGAUUUGAAGGCCACAAUGCAACAAGUCAACACCACUGUUGCUCUUAGUGCGUCGUGGAUAGGUGCUCUUCAGAGGAAGGCUGAAGAGGAGACCUUGGUGCUCCAAAAAAUUACAGCAGACUGGCAGAAUUACAGCAGAGUUUUAAGUGCCAUGAAAUCCAAUACCAGCGUAACCAUGCAGACCGUGAGGGCUGUUCAAAGUGGCGUCUCUGCCACUCACCAGCGUAUCAGCAUGAGCUCAGAGAUGGUGCAUGACCUCACUCUGCAAGUCAUGAACCUUCAGAUGCAACUGGACAAUGUCUCGUCUUACAUUGACGAACACGAGGAGAACAUGCAUGACCACCAGUACCACACGAAGUACUACGAAAACCGGACCGGGGAGCGAUUUGUGACAUUGGAUGCAAGAAUGAACUCCAUUGAAAUGGAGAUCGACACAGUUUCUUCCAGCAUCAAUGCAACCGUCAGCCAUGUUCAGAGCAUGUACAAAUAUAUCAACAUAGAGAGUUCCUCUUGCCAAUCCAGACUGGGCAGUCACACUGAAGAUUUGCAGAACUUAAACAACACAGUCUUGCUUCUUCUUCACCUAGCCGACACUCUCAGAAUGCAGUACAUGAUGCUGAAUGUGCGCCUCGAAGAUGAUGUGAGGAACCUAUCAUUGGUGAUGGAGGAGAUGAAGCUUGUAGACACCAGUCAUGCAAAGCUGAUCCAGAACUUCACUAUUCUGAAAGGUAUGCCUGGUCCACCAGGUCCAAAGGGAAGCAGGGGAGAAUCGGGAGCCAAAGGACCUCUAGGUGUAUCGGGACUGAAAGGAGACAGGGGACUUGCAGGAAAUCGUGGACCUCAAGGAUUAAAGGGCGCUAUGGGAAUUAAGGGGGAUCAAGGUGUGCCAGGAGUUUCUGGGAUGAAAGGUGGGCCAGGACUUAAGGGAGAAAAGGGGGCUUUAGGGCAACCAGGGCCUCGUGCUGAAAAGGGACCGAAGGGUGAUAUGGGGGUUCCUGGGAAGGAUGGAAUUCCUGGCCCCAAAGGACCGCCAGGAAUCCGGGGACAAGCUGGACUCCCAGGGGUACAUGGACCUCAAGGACCGGUAGGAAUACAGGGCGCUGUAGGACCACCGGGGCCGCCUGGAACACCCGGACCACCAGGGGAGCCUGCUCAGAAGUCAUGAACAGAUAGACAUACAACUUAAAAAUAACCCAAAUGGUGAUACACUGACUGCCUUUCUGGAUACGGUUAUGAUGUUUCUUGCAGUAGAUGGUGGUAGACGUCAACUUGGAGAUCUCUCUCUAAACAAGACGAUGGUGGGGACUCUUUGGAAUCUUAGAGGCCCACAUGCACAUUCCCCAAAAAUGAAGCUUGCUCUGAACAACAAUACACUAUGUAUAGGCUUUCAACACA